CGCAGAGCGCACCAGAGGCCCCGGGCUCCGCGGCGUGCGGGGACCCCAGGCCCCCCGGGCCCGCCCGAUCCCUGCGCGCGGCGGUGGAUGGAGCCCCGCAGCCUGACUCCCCGUGCUCUUGAGGUGCACGCAGCAGCGGGACUUCCAAGGCUGGGACAUGAAGGUCGCUGUGUUGGACCUUGGGUCUCUCUUUGCCAAAAUCUUCAAGACCUCGACGGCGCCCCCGGCGGCCCCCUCGCCGGUCGCCUCCUCCAGCCACUCGGGAGGCGCUGCCACCGCAGGGCCGGCGGGCUCCGGCGCGGGCGCCUCGCUUGGCACGGCCCCGACCGUGACCCUCUUCCCAGCCCUGGCGCCCCACUCCCCCUCCGCCUCGCGGGGGGCGCCCGCCCCGCUCCAUCCUCUGCUCACCGCCUCCUACCCCAGGGUCUCGGGGGCCAGCCGCGCGGCAGACGCGGUAGGGACCCCCCUCUCGCUGCCCAGUAGCCCGAGAGUAGCCAGGGUCCAGCCCCUGCCCCUGGCCCCUGCCCCCUCCAGCGGUGGCUGCAGCGCCGCGGGCUCCCCCGCCCACCCGGUGGCCCCCGGCGGGGUCUGGGCCGCGCUGCCGUCCAUCGGGGGCGCCCCGGGCAGCAGCAGUCUCGCCUCGAGUCCACGGAGCGCCCGCGCGCCCGGGCCCGGAGAGCGAGAGCCCAGCGCUUGGAUACCCCCCGGGCCCGGCCCCAAGACCCCGUUCUUCCCCCUGCCCGACAUCGGCGAGGAGCGGGCCGUGGACAGCGACGCGGAGGCCGGCGGAGAGGCGAGAGGACUGUCAGAAGGAUCUGGAAAGCAUAGUUUUGCUGUGAAAAGCAAAGAUUCUUUACCAACACACUUUACAAGAAAUGUGCAGAAAGCCAUUGAUAAAUAUACCUGUGAAUCCGUGUCAUCGUUUUCAUCAAGUGGAAGCCCUACACACCCAGAAGCCCCCAACUCUUGGUCUGGGUCUGGGACGCAGAGUUCUACCACUGGCUUAUCUACAGAGCAGAGCUCCAUUUACUCCUGGAGAGAUGAUGAGUUUGACAAAGCCAAUGCACAGAAAGUACAGCAGUUAUUCUGGGAGGUCGAGGAAAUGUUAUUUGAAGGGAAAGUAAGCCCUCAGACCCAGAAUCUGCUGGCUGAAUGCAGUGAGUGGGCAAGAAGAUCCCUCCAUCUGAGAGUAUUAGGAAGACAGCUCAUCCUGCCAUCUGAUGAAGGGUUCCGACAUUUCCGGGGCAGCGAGCCUAGUUCUGUGGUCCACAAACCCUUCUUUGAUGCCUGUGAAUGCAACAGCAACGUCAGACAGCUGUGCAUCUCUGGCUCUCAGAUACUCCCAGCAGCACCCUCAGCCCCUGCCCUGCCAGGCCCUGACUGCGCAGGGGCUGCUGACCUUCCAGCACGUUCAUCCCUGGAAGAAGAGGUUAUUGAUGUGGAUGGAAAGAUUGAAGAGUAUUUCGCUUUUGACAGAAGAGAAGAUGACGAUGAAUGCCUUGAACCAAAAUCAGCUCACCAUCGUAGGACAUGGCGUAAACGUGGACUUCCUCCCGUUUCCCCUCAUGACUGUAUCAAAGAUGCGGUGGCCGGAGAAGUGUUUGAUCACAUCUGGACAGAUGUGGUAGAAAUAUUGGAAGAGCUGAUUAGAAAAAACUGGGAAAUUACACUCACAGAAGGAAAAAAACAGAAAGAAAACUUGAAAGUAGCUGAGAAUAAAUCUCCACACGUAUUUGUUUCCCGUGUUAACACUGAUGUAUCAAGUGUUCCCCCAUCCAGAAAUUCUGAAACUCGAAGCAUAUCCCUGGCUUCUCAUCUUAAUCCACCUCAGAUUCAUCGCUUCUCCAGCAACUUUUAUAGUGAUUUGAACGGUGUGAUGACAAUUCAAGCAAAACCGCUUCAGCAGAGACCUACCUAUUUUGCAGAUAGAACACAGUACGUGAAUGAGCAAGAGAACAAAUCAUCGGGCGUGGGGACCAGCGCCCUUUCCUCAUCACGAUAUCGUCUGGGACGCAUCUCAGAUCCUCGCGGACUACAGAGUUCCUCAAGGAAAACACCGGUGCACAGGAGGCUGCCUUCUCUUACUUCAGACUCACAGAGAAUGAAAACCCCCAAUGUGUACAGUGAUGAAGUUCUUAGGGGAACAAAACUGCAAACUGCUGUAGACCGCCUGUCCUCCCCACCAGUUCAAACCUCACGGAGCAGGUUACCCCCAAUAGGCUCAGAGGCUGGUGAGCAGAACGUCGCAGUUCCCGUAUCUCGCCCUGUUUCUUACAGAGGAAGGCAUCCACAAAACCGUGUGUUAAGUGCGAUACCGGACAGUAUAGAACGGUCGCCUCUUCGAGAAAGAUCUCUGACUGUGGAACAGUUUUCAAGGCCCAGCACAACCCAUACAUUUCGGUCAGAUACGCCUCGAAAAAGUUCGUUGACACUGAUGGAAUUUGCUGGUCACACAUGGACAGGUCAAGGUUUUUUGGCAGGUUCACAGUAUCCAUCUAAAUCUUUUCAGAGGACAACUUUGACUUCAAGAAAGAGAUUCCAGUUGGCAUCUUGAUGUUACUUCCCCAGAACUACAGCACUGUGGGAGCAUUUAGAGCCUCAGCCCACCAUUUAUCACUUGAAAAAUGGAAGAACAAGUAUUAUGUUAUGUGUGUUUGUCUGACGGUCUGAGAUGUUAGAUAAUCUGAGAGAAACGCAAACAAACAAACAACUUAAUUUUGAACACACUGCACUGUAAAGAGAAUACAAGUUAAACUCACCAACCUUCUUCUUUACUGGAACCUUUAUUCCAAUAAAGGUUUUUUAGGCUUUGCUCAGAAGAAUCUGAUGUGUGUUUAUAAUCCAUCCUUUUAUCAGUUAUACACAGACACACACAUAGUUGGUGUAUGUAUUCACACACUACUCAAUAUACAAGAGUACAUUAAUCUAGGAAUAUGCAAUUUUGUAACUUCGUGUCUUGAUAUAUUUUUUGUGUCUCAUUCUAUUAUUAAUUCCAUCAAAAUCCUAGUCACUAAUAGAUAUUAGUCCCUUCUUUAGAAAAUAGCAAAGUCAUUUUUGGUACAACACGCCAGUUUGACUAAGAUUCAGAUUGUUGUAGUCAUGGUGCUGACUUUCUUACACCUUUUCUGAAAAGUAUUUUCAUCAUGAAUCUCUUUGAGAAUGUCAGCAGCUAAGUCUCCCAAGCCAAUUUUGUUUUACUAGUUUUCAUAUUCAGAUUCAGGUGGUCUGUUUAAAAGGAUCCCAAAUUUAUUGACUUUUAAAGCUGAAGAUAAACGUAAUUUUAAUAAAAUAUUAAAUAUAUUAAAUUAUAUUGCAUAUAAUUAAAAUAUAUUGCAUAUGGUUCCAUCUUUAUUGUUGACAGUUGAAGUGCUCGUCCACUGGAGGGAAGGCUUUGCAGCAGCAUCUUCCAUAUUUUAUCACAAUCUGAUCUUUGUCAGAUGUCACCUCUGCACUGAUCGGUCUGUCUAAAGCAGCAGUGCUCUCCAUUCUCGGUCCUCUUGCCCUGCUUUAUUUUUCUUCGGAGUGUGUGUCCCUAUCUGACAUUCAUACAGAGAGUGGAACAGACAUGCAAAGGAGAAAUGGUCAAUUGAAAGCAAGGCUCUAGGGUCAUUUUUCUUUUGCUCCCCCAACACUUGUUUUCCUUUAGGGUGAUUUAAAUCCUUAGACUCAUUUUUGAUAUUCUCAGAUCUCAAAUCACCAUAAUGUCUUCUUUUCUAUCAGAUAAUUUUAUAUAUAUAUAUAUAUUUUUUGUUUUGUU